AUGACAAGUAAACCGAAGCAGGUUAGCGAAAGUACUGAACAUAGUGAUGAUGAACAACAGUCAGAUAGUUUGUCAAAUGAUCUUGUAGUUACAAAAUAUGCAACAGCGGCUGACAUUGUUAAUUUUGCUUUGAAGGAAAUAAUAAAAGAAGUGAAAAGUGGUGUAGAAGUUGGAUUUUUAUGUGAUUUAGGGAAUAAAAUAAUCGAAGAUCGAGUAUCAAAAAUUUUUAAGAAAGAAAAAGAGUUACAGAAAGGUAUUGCUAUGCCGACAUGUAUAUCUGUCGAUAACUGUAUUUGUCAUUAUUCUCCACUACGCAGUGAUCCACCAGUUUGUUUAAAGGAUGGCCAAAUGGUUAAAAUUGAUCUUGGUGCUCAUGUUGACGGCUUUGUUGCCAAUGUUGCUCAUACUGUUGUUGUCGGUGCGACCCAUGAUAAUAAAGUAGUAGGAAAUAAGGCAAAUGUAAUGCUAGCAUCUUAUCAUGCAAUGGAAGUAGUAUUACGUAUGUUACGUCCGGGACUUUAUAAAAACUUCCAGAUCACUGAUAUGAUUGACAGAAUUGCGGCUGUUUAUUCAGUUAAGCCAAUUGAAAAUGUAUUAUCACAUCAGUUAGAAAAGAAUAAAAUUGAUGGAGGGAAGGAAAUUAUACAGAAUCCUGGUGAAAAGCAAAAGGAAUUGCCUAAAUGUACUUUUGAGAAACAUGAGGCAUAUGCAAUAGAUAUUAUGAUGAGCACUGGUGACGGUAGAGCUCGACCACAAGAUGCUCGCACAACUGUUUAUAAAAAGGCUGAAGACAUAUAUUCGCUGAAAAUGAAAACUGCCAGGAUAUUUUACUCACAGGCAACAAAUAAAUACGGUAGUAUGCCAUUUACGUUACGUUCAUUUGAAGAUGAGAAACAAGCAAAACUAGGUGUUGUCGAAUGUGAACGUCAUGGGCUUUUGCGCCCUUACCAAGUAUUAUAUGAAAGAGAUGGAGAAUACGUUGCUCAGUUUAAAUGCACAGCUUUGAUAAUGCCCAAUGGUAUUUUGAAAAUCACAGGAUUACCUCUUGAUAUGGAUUUGAUUGAAAGUGAUGUAAAAAUAAUAGACCCUGAGAUAAAUGCAUUACUUACCGCCUCUUUGAAGCCUAAAAAGAAAAAGAAUGGUGGCGAAAAAAAAGCCGAUGAUAAGUCUGCCAUAUCGAAUGAAGAGAAUGAAACUAAAAUUAAUACAAAUAAACAACUGAAUACUCCAAAUGCAGGCAAAGAUAAAGGUGAAAAAUCAUCAAUUGCUGACCAUGCGAACAACAAAACAGCAAAAAAGAAGAAUGAAAACGAAAAGAAAGAAGAUAUGAAGGAAGUUGUUAGGCGAGAAGAACGAGCUAAAUAA